AGAUGCAUGAGCUACGAAAUCUAGUGGUUACACUAAGCCUGUUCCUAACCUUGGGAAAUGUCCAGCCUUUUUGCCAGCUUGGUGAAAAUUAUAUAUGGACCAAUCACAUUUUUGCGCACAUCGUUAACAACCACUACGAACUUCUGCCAGCGGAUCGGUUCCAAGCAAAUCAGAAUAUAGUUUUGCUAUGUGGUGGAAAUGCACCUGUGUUUUCGACCAUUUGCCAGUCAAACGGUCUAUUUUAUCCACAACUGCCCAAAUCGAAUUGCUCGGUUGAAAUUCAGCCGUAUGUUCAGGUCGUAAAUUGGGAUUCUACUUGCCCUUAUACCAUGUACAAAGUAGGGUUCUUGUUCGGAACUACGUUUCUGGAGAUCUAUCGAAGCUGCUACGAUGCCAAAACCAUGACUGCAGCUUUCUCCAUUCACAAGGUCUAUCCCACUUUUUUGAAGUCUUAUCGAAGGCAAUCUUGGGACCGAGACGGGCUUAUUUCUACUGCAGAUGAAGCCUUGUUUACUAAAGAAAACAUCUAUAAUAGGUUUAAAACUAUUUUGGGAGAUCAUCAGCCGUAUAUUGCUUCCAAGACAACAGAUGCUUUCGACCGAGGCCAUCUAACUCCAUCAGCUGACUAUACUUUUUACAAAGUUCUGGGACUGACCAAUAAGUACUUAAACGUCGUCGCGCAAUCCUCUAACAUUAAUCGUGGCAAAUGGCAGAAAAUUGAAAAAUGGGUUCGGGAUUUGUCAAUCGAACAUAAUGAUGUGCUGAGGGUCUGCACCGGUGGGUUGGGUAUUCUGGAAUUGAAGGACACCGAGAAAAAACCAAUUCAAAUUUACCUAGGACCGGGAAAACUCCCAGUUCCCGAGUGGACUUACAAAAUCGUAACCCCUUCUUCCGGCACAAAGGUCGUGAUUUUGAUGACGAACAAUGGAUUCGAAAAGAAAUCGUUGAACCCAGCAUCGACCUGUAGAACCGUCAGCUGCCCAACCGGGAUUAAUACAGACGGGAACACUUUCUGCUGCGAUCCCUCCGACUUUAUCAAAAGAAAUGUCCCGAAUUUGACUGGGUCUUGCUAAGGCUCAGAAACGUUUAA